UUCUGUUUAGCAGCUAGCCAAAAAGCUGACUUAGCUAAAGGUGUUUUUUCUUUUGUUAUAAAAAAGAAAGAAAGAAGAAGAUGAGUCCUCGAUGUGAAUGCUGCGAUGAACACAUUAAUAAUCUAAAUCAGCAGGUUUCUGUGAUGCGAAAAGAAAUACAAAACCUGAGGAAGAUGUUGGAUAGUGCAGUCAGAGCUAAUCGUAAACAUAUGAUAUCCAUUCAGUCUGCUGUGUCAAAGAUUGAACUCAGUGAACCUGACAAACUCCAGCCUCCCUCAACAGUUUCACCAGCAUCACCAGUAUCACCACAGGCUGCACUGGAGCAAGGAAACAUCCAGACAGUCCCAAUUGGUUACAUUAGUUCCUGUUUCUCUGUGAAGAACGGGACACCCAGACAGCCCACUGUUUGUGGCCCGUCAAGAGCAGAACUGCGCAUCCAGCAGAGCGUCUUCAAUAACCCCGAGCACGCUCUGGUGGGGCUGGAGCAAUACUCCCAUGUCUGGAUUAUCUUCCUCUUUCACAAAAACGGGCACCUGAAUUACAAAGCCAAGGUGAAGCCUCCCAGACUGAACGGUCAAAGAGUUGGUGUAUACUCGACUCGCAGUCCACACCGACCAAAUGUCUUGGGCCUAACUUUGGCCAAGCUGGAUAAAAUUGUGGGUGAUACAGUAUAUCUCUCAGACAUUGAUAUGAUUGCUGGCACCCCUGUCCUGGAUAUCAAACCCUACAUCCCAGAGUACGACUCCCCCCACACCAGGGUGGGCAUGGACUCUGAGCCUUAUGAAUCUAACACAGACCAGUCGAAAGCAUCUGCCGUGUCACUGAAUGAAACAACAGAUAUGUUGAACCUUGAUUACGACUCUGAAACAGAUGCUCAGUCAAACCCAAAAGCUGGAAAAACUGAAGACAACUCUGGGAGUCAACUCUCAAAAGACUCAUCCAGAGUCCGUACUCAGUUACUUCUGCCUGAAGACCUUCGCAGUGUGCUGGAUGAGGUUAGGGGCUAUGUGAGCCAAAGAGACCAGAUAGAUUGUGAGGGAAAGCCAGUUUUAGAUUCACUGAAAACCAAGCCAACAGAAUCGACAGCAGACGGACCUUUCUAUGGGGAGGAAACGUACAGCACCAUUGCUGGCUGGAUUAGAGAGCCUCCCGUUGCCAGUCUGGAGGUCCGCUUCACUCCUCAUGCUGAGAGGGAGUUGGCAGAAUUCCUUCCCACACACCUGUCAGGAAACUCUGAAAGUGACAGACCCAGGUUCAAGUUUCUCAGCAGUUCAGACGAGGCUGCUGCCGCCAUCAGAGGGGUGCUUUCAGCAGACCCACGGUCAAUAUACAGGAGGACUCGCUGCAAAGACCGGCUUUUCUUCUUCACUCUGGACACAGCUGACAUCACCUGCUGGUUUGGACAAGGCUUUGCUGAGGUGCUGCGGGUCCGACCUGUUGAGCACCGCAUUGCUUCGAUAAAAGCUUUAUGA